AUGAUCGACCAUCUGCUCGGUCGACCGUCUCCCUCUUGGAGAAGGACUCAGGUCAUUCUGGUCCUGCUCUUCUGGGCAUGGAGGCUGCGAUCCGGCGAUCCUGGAGGUCCGGCUGGAGUAAAAGCGUUGAACAGUAGAUUCAAAAGAUUCACCCCGUGGCAGAUUUCGGUCACCCUGCUUACUUGUCUCUAUGGUAUACGUCAUUGGGACACUCUGGUCGGCCUUGCCGCUCCAGAGCCACUAGCAAGGCUUUAUUCUAGAGGUUUUUAUCGUGCGACAUGGAUCAACACGGCACUUGACGCUGGCUUCGCGACCGCUGCGCCGAUCCCACUGAAAUGGCUUCGAGAUCUUCUCAGUGUUCUCUUCAGUGGUUAUUAUUUGAUUUACGCCAACGAAGCUGAUGAAAAACUAAGGAGGUACCGUGCCAUACCCACUGUCGAAGUUUUGCGCAUCACCUGGGAGAAAACUACGAACCCAAUCAUCGAAUUCUUUACUCGCUCACAUCGCCCCUCGAUACCGAUCAAACGCAAAUUCAUCUUUCCCAGACCCUCAGGUUCCAAGUACUCAAAGCCGAUCACUUGCUGGCUGUAUUCCUCUCGCUCUGAUCUAGAACUUGUCCGAACCAAAAACCUUAUUCUAGAUGUUCCUGGCGGUGGUUUCAUCGCCAUGAGCCCUGCGCAUCAUGAAGAAAGAAUCAUUCAAUGGGCGAUCAAGACCGGUGUCCCCAUCCUGUCAAUUGAUUAUUGUAAAGCGCCAGAAUACCCCUUUCCAUACGCAAUCCACGAAUGUAUGGAUGUUUACCGCAUAAUCCAGGAAUCAAAGGGAAGGGUCAUCGGCAUGGGCAGAGAUACUGUGGACGUUGUCCUCACAGGAGAUUCGGCGGGCGCCAAUUUGUCAGCUGCAAUGAUCAUUUCAAUUCUUGAAUCAACUCCCGAUUCGCCUUUCCACUCACUUCCCCUACCAGUGGGUAUUCUUUGGCUGUAUGCGGCUUUGGAUUUCAACUUCACGUCGUGGAUGUCGCCGGAGAACCUGAGAAUUCUCAGAAGAGGCAACUCCUCGUCUAACUUACCUGAUGGUAUUCUAGAAGCAAAGAGCCACCUGAAUCACAAAAGUCCACUCAGUGUCGUCGACGACCGAGCUCAUCAUGACGGGGAACUGACUAGCCGAGGUAUGAAAAAGAAGUUUCGCAAAAGUAUCGCGAACUUGCCUAGCAUGGUGGCUACUUGGAAACGAGCGUUGACGCCUAGGGUCGAGCGAAGCCUUUCGGAUGUCGAAUUGAAGCUGACCGCAGUCGAGACUUCAAACACAUUCGAUGAAGAUCAGGGUGGGUUGGGCGAGGAAUUGACUUGCGUUUCUCCGAGCGGUGACAAUGAAAAAUCGUUGGGGGAGAGAGUACUUUUUCACGAGGAGGAGUUUUCGAAAUUCGGAGCUUCACUGGACACUGAGCAGCAUAACCUCGCGCCCCCUGAAAGUGACAACGCAGCCUUACCACUUCCUCAGACUCGGGCUCAGAGAAAGGCAUUUGGAACUCAUUUGACAAUGACCAGUAGAACUGGCUUCUUCAACGAUAGAAUCAUCAGUCCAUCAAUGAUGCGCUGCAUGGCAAUCUGUUAUGUCGGACCUCGUAAUGCACCAGAUCUUACCAAGGAUCACCACAUUUCGCCCAUCUUCACGCCUUCCUCUAUUUUGGCUAGGUUCCCUCCAGUUUAUCUUGUGUGCGGUGAAAAAGACCCCUUUGUGGACGACACUGUCAUCAUAGCUGGGAAAAUCAGAGAAGCCAAACAACAGCGCAAAAGAGAGGCUUUAGUGAAGCUCCAGAAGGGGAAUGUUGACCCCGACUGCACUCCGCCAAGAAAACUAGAUCCGAUCUUGGAGGAGGAGGAAGCAGAUUGGGUGCAAAUGCGGAUUUUUGAAGGUUGGAGUCAUGGAUUCGCCCAGAUGCUGUCCCUGCUACCUGAAGUCAGCACAGCUUUUGAUUUGACUGCAGAUUUCAUUUUGUCGGCGUUUCAAAAACACGAUGCCCGAAUGCAAGUGAAGCCCACAUCGCUCCAAGUGCCCUCAACAAGCAUUGCGGCGCCAAUCCCCAAGCCCCAUCCGAAGCCCUUAUUCGAAUCGUACGAUGAUGAAGCAUUGACCUUCACACCACGACUCCGACCACGUGCUGAAUCCGGCUCACGGUCGGCCUCUCCCUCGCCGCGUGUGUGGAACACCAAACCAAUCAGGUCUUCAAGCGGUCUCGGGAGUGCGCUCUCUACCUCGCCAACCCAGCGGCCAAUACUCCCAGCUCUGCGGAUCUCACAGGGCCAAUCCGGAGCAUCCACCGAAAUCAAUCUGGUGACUCCAACCUCUGGAAAGCCUCCGUCCACACUCGAUAGACCCACCCCGAAAGCCUUGGUCGAUUUCAACGUCGCUUCGGCAGCCGCUAUCGUCACGCCUCCCAUUCUGCCCACGGCGCCUGCGGCAAUUCUGUUUAGUCGGAAAGAAGGAAACGUACUCGACGAUCAUCACGAUUUGCUCCAUCGCAGACGCGAAGAAGCAGGUUUUGGCCUCCCGCCGAUGACAUCCCCGGAAGACCAUUUCAGGCCACUCGAGUUAAGUAGCACUUAUGCCCCUGGCGAAGCACGAUCCACCGAAGAUGAGGCGCAAGGGCAGUAUGUUGGAGAGGAAGACUUGCUUGAACGGAGGCGGAUGGAUGCUGCCUACGGGAUCACUCAGAACACCGCUCAAUCAAAUCCCUCUGGCUCUGUUACAAGCGACAACUAG